AUACUUCAGUCACUUUCAAAAUCAGCUGAAGGCAAGAGGAAGCACUAGAGAGAGCCCUCUUUCAGCCUGACUCUGACGUUUACGAACUUGACUCCCUAGGAAUCUCAAGGAGAUGAUGGCAGGAAUGAAAAUCCAGCUGAUGUGCAUGAUACUCCUGACUUUCACCUCCUGGGGUCUGUGCUCAGAUUCUGAAGAGGAAAUGAAAGCAUUAGAAGCAGAUUUAUUGACCAAUGUGCACACAUCAAAGGUCAGUAAAGCAAGUGUUCCCUCUUGGAAAAUGACUCUGCUGAAUGUUUGCAGCCUUGUAAAUAACCUGAAUGGCCAAGCUGAAGGCACAGGAGAGUUUCAUGAAGAGGAGCUUACUACAAGAAGGAAAUUUCCCACUGCCUUAGAUGACUUUAGCUUGGAAGCAAUGAUGACAAUGUACCAGAUCCGAAAUAUCUGUCACAGCAGGGCUUUUCAACACUGGGAGUUAAUUCAGGAAGAUAUUCUUGAUAACGGAAAUGAAAAAACUGAAAAGGAAGAAGUUAUAAAGAGAAAAAUUCCUUACAUUCUGAAACGUCAACUGUAUGAGAAUAAACCCAGAAGACCCUACAUACUGAAAAGAGGUUCUUACUACUACUGA